UGGGUGGUGCGUUUUGUUCGAGUCGGGUGUAGUCAAAUCGGUGCUUGAUUUGGAAAGAAAAUACACUUUGGUUCACAGAUAUGCGAUGUAUCUUCGAGAUUAUGGAUUAACGUUCAUGAAAAGUUCUGAGUGUGAAGGCUGAGGGACCUGCUGAAGGAGUCCUCGCCUGAGAGAGGCUGGGAGGUUUGAACAGGUGAGAGAGGGAAGGUUCGAGUCAGUGUCAUGGCGCAGCUGGAUAGAAGUGAAACUCGGAUAUGUGGGAGCAGCUGGGAAAUCUCAUGCUCAUAGUUUUGGAUUUAAAAACAGGAAGAGCAGCUUAAAUGAAGAACUUCCUUAUAUCUAGCUGUAAUGUUUGUCUUCCGGAACAGAAAACGCAUUCUGGAGAGGACAGCUUUUGGAUAUGUAAACUUCUUGGGCGGAAAUGUAAACAAGGGAAGCUGAGGCCGGUGAGAUCCGAUAAACAUGUGUGAGCGCGCGGGCAGCUGUGAGCUGUCAGAAGGAGACCAUAUCGAAUCCCCGUCGGGUUCUCAGAUGGGCGAAUCCGAAGCACGUGAAGCUAAACUCAAAACGAGAAACUCGAAUGAGUCCGGGUUUACACCUGAACCGAAUCAAGAGGACCGCGCGCCUAAAGUUGGAGCGCGUGCGGUGUCGCUCACACUCGGCGCUGCUGUGCGCAGGUCCAGAUUUCAGAAACAGCUGGACGGUUCUGAACCAAACCCAUCGGCCGAGUUCCAGGAGAAGGGCUCCAUCACUCCUGCCAUGCGCAAAAAAUACCUCAAGGACCUAUUUUUGAACUAUAAUUCGCACAGUGGCCUGUCAACAAUCUUGUCAUUUAAAAGCGCCAGCCAGUCGUCGAAGGACGGUGGGGAUGCGACGCAGCAGGGUGCGGACGACAGCAAUGCAUGCUGGGUACUGGACCCCACCGAACACGCAUGGACGCUAUCGGUUGUGGAUGGAAAUUACGAUACUAUUGCAAAGUUUCUCUUGGAGGACCCCAGUUUACUGACCAGGAAGGACUAUGUGAGUGGUUACACAGCUCUCCACUGGUUAGCCAAGAAAGGGAAACACGAGACGUUAUUAAAGCUUCUAAAAGACUCUGAGAAGAAAGGGUACCCAGUGAACGUCGACUUAAAGGGCAGUGGGGGUCUUACACCUCUUCAUGUUGCUGCUAUGCACAGCCAGUACAUGGUCAUAAAGAUCUUAGUAGGUGCAUUCAGUGCCAGUGUUGAUGCCAUGGACUACAAUGGAAAAAGGGCAUGGCAAUAUCUCAAAGAAAAUGCACCACCAGAGAUGAAGGAGCUCCUCGGUGCAUGGGAUGAUGAACACACUAACUGGCACCUAAAUGCUAACAAUAAUAAUGCUAGUGAAGGGGCACCUAUAGCUGACUGCCAAAAGGACACAAACAGCACAGACACUGUCAGUAGAAAUGGGCUGCGGCGCUUUGGUACGUUUAGAAAGUUACUCUCCCCCUUAUUCUCUGGAGGUAAGAAGUAAAGGACAUCCAAAAUAGCCUAAUUAUUUACUAGGUGUUAUUGGAAAUGCUAAAAAAAAAAAAAAAACAUGGUAAUACACUUGUAUUAAUAUAUUCAAGCAUAUGUUUUAGCUUUGAACUGAAAGAAUCUUGUAAUUGUUUUUUUUUUUAAUUCAACUACUAGCUAAUAAAAUGUACAAAUGUGUCUUGUCAGUUUGUGUAUAUUCACCUUCCCUACAAGUAUAUUCAUGUAAAUUAAAAAGUACCGGUAGUGGCCUGUGUGCUUGAAGCUGGGUUUUGGACCUCAACCUACAUUCACUCAGUGUAUCAAUUGUGAUUUAACUACAUUACAGCACUUGAAGAAAGACCAACACGACAGACCCAAGCACCUUCACCCGCCCCACAAAUAAAAGAAUAUUCAGAAAGAAAAGGCAAGAGACAUUCAUUUAUCGGGUCAUCAUUUAUUGUUUAACAAUGGCAUUUUCAGUAUCUGUACAAAAGAGACUUCUGAUUGACAAAACAGAUGAUCUCGCCAAACAUCUGGGCAGAGGUGGUGAUGCUUGCAGGGUGCAGAUGUAAUCGAAACUGAAGAGGCGAGUCCUGAGCUUACAAGCCAAGCUUUGUCCUUCUCCAGUGUCUGCGCUUGGAGUUGUACCUG